AUGUCAUUUUUAGAGGCUAAUACUACCUUAGGAGAUAAUGAAUUUAGUUUUGAUCAGGAUUCUAACCGGAAAAAGAUUAAGAUGCCUAUCGUCCCCAUUUACCCAAAUAGGUCUUUUGUAAAUCUUGUUUCUGAAGCAAGACAUUUAAGGUUUAAUUUUAAAAGAACAGGCCCGAACAAAUCUCCUUUUAACUUGUUCAAAGUUCUUUACAUGGGACUUCAAAUGGAGCGACCAAUUAUUCUAAAAGAUCUAAGCAAAUUUUUCGAUAUAGUACCUAACGAGAUACAUAUCAAUUAUGAAAAAAGAAAAUUUAAAUAUGAAGAAGAAUCUAACUGUAUUAAUAUUAUACCUUUAAUAUUGUUCGUUCAUGUAAAGUCAAAGGGUCAAGAGAGCUGUUCUGACCUAAUAAUAAUAAAGCAACAACAUAUUCAAUUAUAUGCUAAAAAGCUAUUAUUCAACAAAAUUCCCAAAGGAAACAAGUCCUUCGAAAUGUAUACCUUUGUCGACAGCUACAUCUCCUCAUUAUUCGAUGAUAUGAUAUACAAAUGGUUUCAAUGGACGAAUCUAGUUACCAAAAAUGGAGGUACGUAUACUUUAAGAGAAACAAAUAUGAGCGUCCUAAAACGGUUAUUAUACCAGAAAUUUUGGGAAGAUCAUUUCUUUUUACAAGAUUCGAAAGAAUAUUCAGUUAACCAGUUUAAAAGUUGUGUUCAUACUAAUAAUAAGGGGAACAGCAGCAGAUUUGGUUGCUGGGUAGAUAUUCAAAAUGAUAUUAUAAUAUUUGCUUCAACAAUCUAUGAAGCAAACGGAAAGCCUUCCCGUACAGUAAAUGCAAUGUGCUAUUCGAAUCAAAACGUCAAACAAAUUUGUUAUUUACUGUCACUAUACAUCAACCUUGCAAGUAUAUCAUGUUUUGCUUCAAAUGUCCGGUAA